AGAACAGACGCACCGGUGCUGUCGGGUUUCACUAAGCAUUUUGAGGAGACCGACUAAUUGCCACCUGUGCUUGCGGAGCUACCCUCCCCCUCCCCGCUUUCUUUUUAACGCGGGGAAAUGCAUACUUCUGGAAACGAAGGUGCGCGGAUGAGCUCGCCAGCAAACACCUCCCUCCCCACAGACCUUCAGGACUCCCUCUUCUUCGACCCUCCUGCCAUCGACAACUCCUUCGUCAGCACACCGCUGCAGGGGUCGUUGACACGCUCUUACCUCUCCGUCGAUCUCGAAGAGACGAGCGGCGCGGAGACAUCCCCGCAAACGACAGCCGCGGCGUCAUGCACCGACAUCGCAUUGCGCCGCGGACAGGCGUAUCGACGCACCGAUGUAGGCGGCCGUGGUGGUACGACACCGCGUGUGCGCAGCCUCGAGGGCGUCGCGAUGAACAUGCAAACAUAUGUGGGACGUAGCAGACCCGCGACAAGUGCUGCCACCCCCGCAUCGGCGGCUUCAACGCCUGCGUUGACGCGGGCGGUCCUCGCGGAGCACGUGGAGGCGUCGAGCUGGUCGCACCCCCUCACGCCACCCGACUCGCGUGACACUCUCCCGCUCUUGCCAAUGAGGGACUUCGCUACAGCUGCGACGGCGUCGGCGGCGGCAUCCGACACACCACCGGCGGACGCAAAGGCGACCACCCCAACCGCGCUGCGCCCGAGCGAGGACGCGGAGGGCAGCGUGCACGUCGCAACGCGCUCCUCGCGGAUGGAGGAGCCGCUGGAGUCGUUAUUUCUGAGCAGACAGCUCACGGGCAGCGCGGCUGACAGCGGGUUUGAGCUUUCAAUGGAGUCGGUGACGCUGCAGAUCUCAGAGCGCCACUUCUUUCGCGCGCAUCCCAUCACGUACUUGGACGACUGCAGCCUGCACAUUGCACCCGGCUCGAUGCACUGCAUCGCCUCUCUCAAUCCGGCUCACGCGCGAGCCGCACUGGCGGUGCUGGCCGGUGUGGACACCGUCGCGAGCGCUAGAGGGGCGACACUCGCUAACGCGCUGCCGGCGUCGUCGCUGCGGUACCGGCGCCAGGUGGCCUACGUCGCAUCUCUUGACUGCUGCACCGCGGAGGCCACCGUGUACGACAAUUUGGCCUUCGCGACCCGCAUCCGGUACGUGGUCGACGCACCAACGCUGCGGGAGGUGGUGGAGCAGGCGGCCUCCGAGGCUUUUCUGAUGGAUCAGCUGCUCACCCGCGCAUCGGACUUGGGCCCCGCGCAGCGCUAUUUGCUGGCGACGGCGAUGGAGCUCGUGGCGGACCCUACGGUGCUCCUCCUGCAAGACCCGCUCGCUUUCUUUUCGCUGGCUGAGCUGCAGCUGUUCACGCAGCUACUGCGCAGCGUGCGCCGCCGCAACCCCGCCCGCACCGUUGUCUGGUCCGGCUCCGCGAUUCCGUGGACGCUGUUUGACAGCAUCGACAGCCUCACGCUGCUCACCACCGGCGGCAAAACCUUCUACAGCGGAAAUAAAGAGGGCGUUGAGUCGUUUCUCCAGGAAGACUUGGGUAUUCUCCGCGUACCCGGCGAGGAUGUGAUGGACAUCAUGGCGCAAACGGAGGUGGACGUCGUCGCCGUUACCGACUCCACCGUCGCCUUCCGCAACAGCAAGUUUUACCGCGCUGUGCAGCACGAAAUCGAGGCACACCGCACCCGCGUCAGCGCCAAUGCCUUUUCGCAACCACCAGAGCCUCCUCACCCUUCUCCGUCGUACGCCAGCGUGCAGUCCUCGCUGUUGCUGUAUACGCUGCGGCGCAGUGUGCUGGACAAAGCGGCGCUGGUGCCGUGGGUCGGCUUGUUUGUGGUGAUGGUGCUGGUGUGCAUGUUGGUGGCCGCCACGGAUGGCAAGCAGGAGAGAAGUCUUCAAAACACGUGCGGGGUUCUCUUCCUGCUUCUGUCGUGCUCCGUGCAAAUCAACUCCAUCUUCCUCAAGUCGGAGCUGCGGGAUUGGCGGACCUUUCUGAGCUUUCGAAACAAUCUGUGCUUCCCGGUACUGCCCUACUACGUCGCGACCGUCGUGCGGCUUCUUGUGCCGCGGUUGUGCUUUGCAGUGGCGAGCAGCAUAUGCGGUGCAGUCAUCUUUGCUGAAGCAACGGCGGCCUCGUUGAGUGCGAUGAUGUCACUUCUCAGCUUCGCCCACGCCUGCCUGGGCUUGAUCGCGGUGUAUUGGGUCCCCAGGGUGGAGAUGCUCAUGGCGGCGAAUCACCUCUACUACGCCUAUUGUGUGAUUUGCUGCGGAUUUCUGCUGAGCGUCACGCAGAUCCCCGUCUUUUUCCAGGUGUUGUCGCUACUGCGCAUUGCCUACGGUGGGUUGUUGGCGAAGGAGAUUGGUGCGCUGACGUGGUGCGACACCGCCUCUGGCGACGACCUCUCUGGCUCUGCUGCUUCUGACAGCUCUUCUAGUUGUCUCACUGGCCAAAAAUAUCUGACGUUGAUGGGACUGCAGCAGGACAGCCUGGGGCAGUCCGUUUUGGGACUUUCUCUCCUGUCGCUUGUCAUGAUGGCGGCGCUGGCUAUCAGCAUGCACUUGUCACCUAGCGCAAAGCUAUUUUCUUCGUCGUCGUAG